AUGGAGUCUAGACAUGAUGAUCCAGAGAUCACAUGCGAUGACGGCGAUUCUCCCAACUGUUCCAGUCUUGGGCCGUGUGAAGAGAAAAUUCGCAGAGGGUUCUUUCAUCGUCCCUAUGAAGAUUUGUUGCUCAUUCAGAACUUGUUGCAGGAGCUUCAAGAUAGAGUGAAAGGAGAUCACAGCCUUGCUCGGUUCUUCCAAGUGCCACUCAUGAGUGAUGCUCUGGCCCAGAGGAUGACUUGUCUGUUCACUGAUGCCCGGCCCAAGGUUCUCGAAGCUUGCAGCAAUGAGGUCAGCUGGGUCGAUGUUGUUCGCGAGAGCUCUCCGGAGGUGAAGUAUCAGGAUGGCAAGUACCAGUACUAUCUUCCGCAGCAAAAGGCGCGGGUUGAAGUGUGCCAUUUCGAUCAUCACUUGAUUUCGGCGGGGCAAUUGCGACUACUAAUUCACCCACGGUUCCAUCAAAGUGACGUACAGGUGGAGCGUGACGUUCUCCACAUGAUGGCGAAGGAAAUUUCGACUUGGGGUUGCACACUUCUGGAUAUGGCAGAGGUAGGCCAAGAUGUGCUCGAGAAAGUAGACGAUAUGCUUGCACAACUUGAAUCCUCAAGUGCCUCACCGAUUUUCGGAGGGUCUCAGGCUGCGCAGGCAAACUUGACUGAGGCCGACUCGAGCGCUCAUUUAAGCGGCGCCACUCCGACGGAAGUCUCAGUACAUUUCCUUCUGGUCGCCGAUGGACCGAAGCAGAGAAAUCUCGUGUUCCUGGGUGGUUCGAACCCCGGGCCCAUCUAA